CAUGUCAUACUCUGGCAACUUUUCUAAUUUUGAAUGCGUUUUAAAAACCUCAGCGGCAACAACAAAAAAGGGAAGUGGAGACAACAAAAGAGGAAGUGGGUUACAACAGUAAAUGUAAUUACUGGUAAAAACUAAGAAAAAGGCAAAAUCUAAACUCUUUGAACAGUUCCUGAUCAGUAUGAAAUCUUCAGUGUAUAUUGUGAAAGAAAAUGAAUUUGUCAAUUCUCUGAUUCCUGAACUAUUAAACCAGUUCAAUGAAGAUUUAGAUUUUAUAGCAUUGAUAGGAUGUGUAGAUUUCGAGGGGCUGGAGAAUCUGAACGUUAAACUAUUUGAUAACCUAUCGCAAUACCUGAUACACAUUUACCGAGAGCUCAAACUUCACAAGAAUGCACGGCAGACCAUUUAUGGCGAAGAGGACCAAUUGUUAGCUACACAACUUUGUAUGGCCAGCUACAACAGAGAGAAAUAUGACUCGUACGAUGUUGCAACCAGCGAAGUCCUUGCAACAUCAAAUCGCCUCUCCAGAGAUGCAAUUGAUAUGAAGAAUUCAACCGCUUCUGAUGUAUCUGCAUCUUCUAAAGAAGAGCAUACAGAGAUUGCAAGAUGUUAUCAGGAAUUCCUGAAAACAUGUAACAGUACUGAUCUUGCUGCAGUGUUCCUCGAUGUAAAAUCUGAGCUUUUAAAAUCUGAAGAAACAGCAGCAAAAUACUGCAAUAAUUCAAAAAGUGUAGUUCUUGAGUGGCCAAGAAAUAUAGUGGAGGCCUCAUUUUUAUCCUUACUUUGCCAUACAACCGGUCGCUAUUUUCACACAACUGCUGAAAUUCCUGUUGGCAUAGACAUAUCUCAACUAUCAACUGAACUUAUAGUCAUUCACACCGAAGAGGUCGUCUUACCUUCUUGCGAAGACAUGCUUGUCAAGUGGUCACCCAGCAGUUGUUCAACAUCAAGCCUUCGUAAACCAACAACUGAUAAUUCUUUAUCUGGAACAGAGGUCUACUUCAAACGGGUGUUCCUUUCUUACUUAACAUUAGUCAUUAAUACCCGCGAUGAACUUGCACUAGCCAGAUGCUUCAAUGUACCGGAUCGGGAACUCGAUCACGAGGCGUUUACCGCCCUCAAACAUGAAGCUAGUCAAAAGAACAUGCCUAUGUGCCAGACUGCAACGUCAUAUGUAAUGAGGAUACGGAUUGGUGGGAAGGGGCAUAUCCCCGAUAUGUCAUGUCAGAUUUCUCAAUAUGUUAGGGGCUUAAGUGAAUUUGUAAACCUGAUCCUGAAACUCCAAGUCAUACUAGAGGAAGAAGAGAAUCCCCGUUCUGGAUUGUUACGUCUACUCAAUCAGAUCAAGGUAACUUUUCUAAAGUCAAAACAUAUCGGUUUCAAAAAAGACAACAUAGAGAAAGUUGUCCGGUAUUUGAAGUUAUCCGUUGGGAAACUAAGCGCCGAAGACAAUGGGAAAACCCCUGCGAAGAGUGUUGGAAAUGGUGGUAGCAUGGCUGGAGAAAAGACUAUCAAGUUGUUGAGAAGGCUGCUGGAUCAAGAGGCUAGUCAUGUGGCGCCCCGUAGGCCUGUUGAUGUUUUAUGUGAUGGUCUGGCAAGUCAAGGCACACCUGUUAGACUACCCUCACUUCUGUCCAUGUUCAGAUCACCGGCUAUUCCAAGCCCAGAUUCACCAGAGAACCAAUCUCUUGUGGACAGACUGCUUCAGAAAGAAAAUGAUCAACAGGUUAGUAUGAAAAGAAUGGGUUACCGAUCCUGUAUGAUGUGGGCGGACCCCAACGAUCUUCAAAAAGAGAAGAGUGUGAAUGUAGAUUAUGUGAGAGCCAUCAACAAUGACAACACUCAACGCUCACCCUCAAAUGGCUGGAAGAACACAAUAUGGGCAUCAGAUGAUAAUCACAAUGGACAGAUGAUUGAUACGGAAUUGUUAGAAAAUGUUAACAGUGAAACAAUUUUAGAUGCGAUUGAAAAGAACAGUAAUGACAAUGCUUGUCAUAACACAGCAAAAGUUGUUAGGGCUGAUGAGACACCGAAGGGUAGAGGAAAGGCGAAGCGAAAACCCUUCCGAGAAAUGAAUGAACAGAACGUGAUGAAAAAGGCAAAGAAAGAUAAUCAUAAAAGCAAGAAAAAGAAGCCAAUUCCACAAGUUAAAGGCCAGAAAACGUUGAGUAAUUUCUUCAGAGUUUGAAGUAAUCCUAAUCAAUUAAAUGAUCAGAGCUACUCCAAUGAGUCCUCUGUCAGUUGGUCGAAUACUGUACAGUGGACGUCUUGCUCUGUAAUGAUUGUAGUGAAAAUUGUUUUAUGGAAUAAUCUGUCUGUUAAGUCUUAUACACUGUAAAACCAUUUGGCUCACACCUAUUAAAAUAUUACUGGCAGACAUUUUGCAACAGGCUGGAAUUUUCGUAACUGGACAAUUUCAGGUUUUGAAAUGUUGUUUACGGUAAAUUCAUUCAGUACUUUCCUCUACUGUUUUAAGUGUCUAUUUAACUUUAUUGAAUUAACACAUGUAAUGUGUUUCUCUGGUUUUCACUUUGCUACCUUAUUCCCCCAUCUAUAACAGGUCAACUAUUUAAAUAAUGAAUUGUCACAUAUAAUGUGUACCUCUGAUUUGGUUUUCUUAUUUAUUAAAUUUAUUAAUUAUGAAUUGGGUCUAUAAUAUCAUUUAAUGAAUUUUAAGAUAUAAAAAAUAAUGUGUAACUCUGAGUUGGCUCUCCUGACAUAUAUUUUAUUUUAACCUUUCCGUUUUGUUGUCUAGUAUUAUGAAUAAAUUAAUUUAUUUUAGGUAUACCUCUUCUUUGGCUUCUUUAUUAAAUCUGUUAUGCAAUACUGAUGAAUUAUAACAUGUUCCCGAGUUGGCUCUCCUAUGAUAUCCGUCUAUGUAAUAUUUUAACCUUUCCACUAGUUCUCCAGCAUUAUAAAAUGAAUUUAUUUAUUUUAGGUUCAAUAUCUCUGCUAUGCAAUACUCAUUCUGCUUCAGGUCUACUAUUAAUUUAAUUAUUAAGUUAACACAUUAUACUGUAAUUUGUACUUCUGAUUUGUAUCUCCUGAAUUUCUCUAUGUAAUAAUUUUACAUUGACUCUCUCCCAUCAGUUAGGCAUAAUAGUAAGUAAUAGUAAGUUUUACUCAGGGAUAAAUGGUAAAUUUAAUAAUAUUGUUGCUGUGUGUGGAGCACUCACAAGAGGACAAACAUUUGAUUGAUACUUUGUACAAGCAUUGCCAGUCUCAUUAGUCUAUUUGUCUUGUUAAAUUAAUAUUUAUUGUAAGUCUAACAUGACUAGGUUUGUAGUAUUAUCUGUGCACUUUAAUGCAGGUCUUAUUAAACCUUGCACAUGCAAUUUGUAUUCCGCUAAUGUAAAGUAUUCAGUGAAAUUGAAUGAGUGGUGGUGGCAUUUUUAGUUGUAUUAUGUAAAAUAUUUUCUGUGCAAUUGAAUUACUUCAUAUUUUACUUAGUCAAGCAUUGUAAAUAAAGUGAAACAACAAUACA